UGAUCUGUGUAUUAACUGUAUUAAUGCCACUCCACUGCUUCAGGAGUAGCUACCCAGAUCACAAGGAGGGGGAGGACCCUGAUGAGACCGAGGACUUGCCCUCAGGAAAGACCUUGGAAUAUGAUGACGAAACCAUGGAGCUGAUUCUCCCUUCCGGUGCCAGAGUGGGUCAUCGCUCCCUGAUGAGAUACUACAAACAGCGGUUUGGCUUGUCCAGAGCCGUGGCCGUUGCUAAGAACCAGAAGGCGGUGGGCCGGGUCCUGCAGCAGUACAGAGCCCUGGGCUGGACCGGGAGCACAGGAGCAGCACUCAUGCGCCAGCGGGACAUGCAGUAUGUCCAGAGGAUGAAGGCAAAGUGGAUGCUGAAGACGGGGAUGCAGAACAACGCCAUCAGGCAGAAGCACUUCAGGCCACAGGUGCUGUUCUGAGUUGCCAGGGCUUGAGUCCUCGUCUGCCUCCCUCGCUCGCAGCCUCCCCGCCUGAGGACCCCGGAAACCGGGUUAGACGGCGGGCCCCUUUGCUGCUGUUUCUCCCCGUACUUCAUCUGCUCGUCCCCGUAAUAAAGGGCAGAAUCCCCUGGG